GUGGUCGAAUCGCUACUAGCAUCAUUAAAUGGCCGCUCCCGCAUGUUGUUCGGAUUGUCGUGGUUUCGAGUUCACCGUUUGACGCGAAAGACAACACACAAUGCUUUGUGCGCGAUAAAGGAAUAUUUGGAUCAUUACGGGAUGCCCCAAGGCGUUGUAAUUAAUACCAAGCUAAGAGCAUCCUAAACGCACUCUAGAGAAACCAUGGGAGAUACUGUUGCAUCGUCAUGGAACACGCUGAAUGUCUGCGAAGGAAUCCUAAAAACUGUUCGAAAGCUGGGUUUUCAAGGAAUGACACCAGUCCAGGCAACAACUAUCCCACUGUUUCUAGCAAAUAAGGACGUAGCCGCCGAAGCAGUUACUGGUAGUGGUAAAACACUUGCUUUCCUCAUACCUGUGUUAGAAAUCCUGCAGAGAAGAGAGGAACCACUUGCGAAAUCUGGAGUAGGUGCCAUAAUCAUCUCACCCACACGAGAACUUGCAACGCAGAUCUACAAUGUGCUCCAGCAUUUUCUUGAGUUUAUGCCGCAGUUCAGUGCACAGCUCAUCACAGGGGGAUACAGCCCUAUGCGUGAUAUUGAGACGUUCAAGAAAAAUGGAGGUAAUAUUAUAGUUGCAACCCCUGGACGCAUAGUUGACAUAUUUGAGCGAAGGGAUGAGCAGUUCACUUUUUCUGCCUAUACGAAGUCUUUGGAAGUUCUUAUACUGGACGAAGCAGACAGACUGCUAGACAUGGGCUUUGAGAAAAGCAUCAACACUCUUCUUUCGUACUUACCAAAACAGCGACGGACAGGGCUGUUCUCAGCAACACAGACAAAAGAAGUUGAAGACCUGAUACGGGCUGGGCUGAGAAACCCCGUCUGCAUUACGGUGAAGGAGAAGCCUGCUUCUGGUUCAAUGCAACGCACCCCAGCGUUGCUCAGCAAUUACUACAUGGUCUGUGAACCCGAUGAAAAGCUGAAGGUAUUGGUCUCAUUUCUAAGAAGCCGAUCAGAAGCCAAGCACUUGGUAUUUUUCAGCACCUGCGCAUGUGUGGAAUACUUCUCCUUAAUUCUUCCCCAUUUUCUGAAGAACGUCACCCUGAUAAGCAUUCACGGAAAAAUGAAAUCCAGGAGACAAGCAAUCUUCGACAAGUUCAUGAAGAUGGAGAAGGGAAUCUUGCUAUGUACUGACGUCCUAGCAAGAGGCGUAGACAUUCCAGAGAUUGAUUGGGUUAUUCAGUAUGAUGUCCCAAAAUCAUCAAGUGCCUUCAUACACCGUUGUGGAAGGACAGCCAGGAUGGGCAUGACUGGAAAUGCACUGCUGCUUCUAAUGCCCCAUGAGGACUCUUACUUGAACUUUCUAGAACUCAAUCAAAAGGUGACACCUGAAAGAAUGGAUCUUCCUUCCGAGACGUAUCCCAUCAUCGACAAAGUAAAAUCUUUAGCAAUGAAAGACCGUGCUCUAUAUGAGAAGGGUGUUAGGGCCUUUGUUUCCUAUGUACAAGCAUACAGUAAACAUGAGUGUCACCUACUUCUUCGUAUCAAAGAUUUGGACUUCGGUAAACUGGCCGAAGGCUUCGCGCUUCUUAAGAUGCCGUUCAUGCCUGAACUUAGAGGCAAGAAAAUAAAGGGAUUUCAAGCAAGCGACGUUGAUGUCAAGGCAAUUCCUUACAAGGAUAAGGCUAGGGAGAAACAAAGACAGACUAAACUUCAAAAUGGUGAAGAGGAGAAACCAGAGGAGAAGAAGAAGAAGAAGAAUAGGAAGAGACAAAAGCCAAGAGAACAUGCUGCUACAAAACCGAAUAAGAAGCGGAAAACGAAAGAGGAAAUAACAAUGCAAGAAUGGGAUGAGCUGGCUUCAGAUGCUAGGUUGAUAAAGAAACUGAGAAACAAGAAGAUAACAAAGGAAGAGUUUGAUGAGGCCUUUGAUAUUUAAGAGCUCACCAGAGAUAGAGCAUUACUGUACAAAUACAUACUCGCACGUUGAGCAUUUCAGUCAUGUUUAAAAAGUGCCACAAUACUGCGCAUAAGAGACGUCACUCUUCCAGAGUCCAUAUGCGCAAUCAUUACAUGUUUCAAUCACACCAUGAAAAUAUAAUGGCGUGUAGCAAACCUCACACUUUGCAGUGUACUACAAAUUUUUCUAAAUUUCCAUUAGAGUCUUCUAUGUGUGGAAAAAAUAAAGAUUGAUGUCUUCCCCAUA